CAGACUCCCUUUCUUUUGGCCGUACAGAACUCUAUGGUAGGCGAUAUGAAACAGGCCACACGGCAGUUGCGCAAGUCGCAUAUUGCGCAGCUCGCGCUUCCAACAAAAAUAUAGCCCCCAUUGAGGUCUCCACAACAAAUCACGAGUUGUGAAGACCUGCAUCUCAGCAUCAACAUUACAGAUCAAGCUUUCAGAAAACGACUACAGACGUAAAAGAGCAGCUAGAAUGGAAGAAGAGCAAUCAGAUAGUUCUGUGGAGGAGCAGCCUCCCCCAGAACACUAUGGAUGCAAGCACUACAAGAGGAAAGCCAAGUUGGUGGCGCCCUGCUGUGGCAAGGUCUACUCGUGCCGGUUUUGCCACGACGAGGUGGAAGGCCACGAGCUGGACCGGAAGCAGGUGUCCGAGGUGGAGUGCUCGGCCUGCGGAUUCCGGCAGGGAAUACAUCAGAGCUGCAUCAACUGUGAUAUUGUUCUAGCCAAGUAUUUUUGCGAAGUGUGUCGGCUGUACGAUGACGAUAUGAAGCACCAGUACCACUGCGAAGGCUGCGGCAUCUGCCGGGUGGGCGGCCGCGACAGCUUCUACCACUGCAACACCUGCGACAUGUGCCUGCCCAAAAACCUGGAGAACAACCACAAGUGCGUGGAGCGCGUCAGCCGGACUAACUGCGCCGUCUGCAUGGAGGACAUCCACACGUCACGUAUCUCAUCCCACAUCCCGCCCUGCGGCCACAUGAUCCACAAGCCCUGCUUCAAGAUGCUGGUCGACCGCGGCUACUACGCCUGCCCCACCUGCAACGUCGCCAUGUUCAACAUGGACUCGGUUUGGACCAAGCUGGACCAGGAGGUGGUGGAGACGCAGAUGCCGGCCCGCUACCGAAACUGCUACGCCAAGAUCCUCUGCAACGACUGCCAGUCGAAGACGGUCACCACGUUCCACAUCAUCGGCCUCAAGUGCGGCACGUGCGGCUCCUACAACACGGCACGCGGCGACGGCCCGCUCUACAAGCGGAACGCCAAGGAGGAGCUGAUCCCGUUCAGCGAGCUGGACGAGGACGAGCCGGAGGUGCGGCCGCCGCCGGCCGGACCGGCACCCGCCGCCGGCGAGGAGCACUGACCGUCGGCCGGCCGCUCGGGCAGCCAGCCGUCCCGGACACGCCGUCGACCAGCAGCGGCGCCAGAGGCAGCUAAACCGCUCCCGAGUGACAUCUAUUUACACUUUAUAUUGGAUAGUGUGUGUGGUACUAGAGUAGCGGUAAAUCGGCAGUGGACGAUGGGCCGCGUGGAAGCGUGGAGGAGGCCGAAGAAGUAGAGUGCUAGUUCUCUGCGGCCCGAGAUUGCUCCGAAACGUGUUCCUCGCGAUGCCGCAGGCUUUUGCCGUUUUAUUGACUGUCGCAGCCGGUAGAUGUUCAUGGAUAUUGAGUUGCGUCGACCAUGAGAGUGCAAUCGAUCGGGUACCGGUUCGCACCGCCGCGCCUGCGCCGCGCACCGUCGCGUCUGCCAGCGGAGGCAGUCGCUGCGAGCCGGCCUGGACGGCUGAGCUGGGCGGAACGCCGCGGACCAGCGACGGGCAAGGCGUGCCGGGCGGCCCCGGCCGCUCGGAGCCGUGCGUGCCGCUCGGCCCCGGCCCUCCGGACGGGACGUCGGAGACACGGCAGCGCCGCCCGGCCAGGCGUCGUCACGCGCUCACCAGCAACGGCGGCCGGCUUUUAUUCAUUUUGGACAUAAUGAAGUCAAAGUCGGGUCGCCAGCUGUCCGCCGCAGAGUUCUGCUUAGUUUCACCGACUAACCGUUUCGCACUGUAUUGGUUUACUGGGGCCGGUUGGCUGGCGAGGCGGGUCGUUUGGCGUGGCCCUUCCAGCACACGGUAUCGAAGCGACGUGCGCAGGGUUUCGUUCGCGUUUAUCAGUAUGUGACGACCACGACCGCAGUUGUCCCCACGCCGAACGAAAUCGGUUCAAAUGCACUUCAAGGUAAGCCUUUAUUAGCUUUAGUCGAUUGCUGACUCCGUAUUAUUACUUGCACCAUGGAUGAAAUUGUUUUAGUUUGUAAGCCUGUGUUCUUUGCGUUGUACGUGGUGAGCUGAACAUGGUAUUACAUGCACCGCGGGUGAAAUUGUGUUAGUUUGUAAGCCGGUGUACCUUGAGAUGCUCGUGGUGAACUCGGCAAUACAUCAUGGAUCUUAGUGAGUGCCUGC